AAAUCAGUGUUGCCAGUGUUUUGUCAGAAAACCGGAGCGUUGUAUGAAAUGGUCACCUCUAGGGCCAGUGCCUUCAUCCUGGACCAGAGGCCAUACUUUAUUUUCAGUAUGGAGAAUGAAAAGAGUCACAUGAGCAAGAGGAUAUUGAACCUGACCCUGGAGAUCAUCUACCUUCUGACUGGAGAGGAUUUCAUGGUUGUGAAGAAAUCUGGGGAACUUGUUGCAUGCAGAAUUUCUACAAAUUUGUUAGACGCUUCAGUUAAAGCCCAAGAUCCCAUCCCACCUUCUCCUUGUGAGACCCAGUCUUCUGAAAAGAAUCAUGAAGAAAAGAUCCUUGAUCUGAGCAACAAGGUCAUUCACCUACUUACUGGAGAGAUUUGGAAAUUUAUUGACCGUGAAGUUUCACAAACCAGGAGUGAGGGUUACAUGGAAGAACCACAGGAUGAGUUCAAUGGCAUGGGUACCCCAGAGAGAUUGUCAAGUCGAGAGGAUUACGCAGAGGUGGAUGCGGGCAGCCCAGAGAGUAUUACUGAGGCAGACACCUUAACAAAUGUGAAGCUUGUUAUUAUGCCACAGACUGAACAAAGAGAUGCUUAUGUAAAGAUUAAGGAAGAAGAUCAGCCCUUAACUAUCAGUUCAGAUUGUGAAGAAAAUGAGCAAUCAAAUGCAACUUCUAACCCCUCCAGCCCAGUUGGCACAGAUGAAAAGAUGUAUAUAUGUUCAAUGUGUGAGAAGUGCUUUCAGUUCAAGGGCAGAUCCCCUGCUCAGAGGGAUGACAAUGGAGAAAACCCGCGUUUGUGCUCUGACUGUGAGACAUUUCAUUUCAAUCCUCACUCAGUCUUGCCACAUGGAAGAGAAGAGAAAACCUUUUACUGCUUUGAAUGUGGAAGGAACUUUGCCAGUAAAAUCCUUUUCCUUGCCCAUGAGCGUAUUCACUCUGGCAAAAAAUCCUUUCAGUGCGCUGAGUGUGGAUUGUCUUUCUCCAAUCAAUCCAUUCUUGAAACUCAUCAGAGCAUCCAUACAGGGGAUAAACCGUUUUCUUGCUCACAUUGUGGGAAAUGUUUUGCCUUGAAGGCCAACCUUGUCAAACAUGUGAAAAUUCAUAAUGCCGAGAAACCAUUCACAUGCCUCGAGUGUGGAAAGAGUUUUGGGAUAAAGUCCAACCUUGUGAAACAUCAAAGGAUUCAUACAGGAGAGAAGCCGUUUUCUUGUGCAGAUUGUGGGAAGAGUUUCGGAAUGAAAUCAAACCUAAUCAAACAUCAGAGGAUCCAUACAGGAGAGAAGCCAUUUCCGUGUCAAGAAUGUGGAAAAUGCUUUGCCUCAAGGUCCAACCUGGUUAACCAUGAGAGGAUCCACACUGGAGAAAAGCCCUUUACUUGUUCUUAUUGUGGCAAGGGCUUCAUCACCAGUUCAGACCUCUUUCGGCACCAAAAGACUCACACAGAAAGUAAACCAUUUGUCUGCACGGAAUGUGGAGAUUGUUUUAUUAGCAAAUCAAUUUUGGUUGUACAUCAGAAAACACACACUAGAUGAGCCUCUCUAACUAUAUUCCCAGGAAUGUUUAUGCGUAGUUUGUGGAAAGGAAAUGAGGAAGAACUGUCUUAACCAACAUCAACUAUUGAGGACUGACCGACCAAUCCCAUUUUUUAGAUGAUGUCAGAUGUGUCAAAUUUUGUUUGCUCUAACCAAUUCUUUCUUGAAAUGAAGAAUUUCUAGAAGGUGCUACUGGUGCUGAUCUUUUUGGACUGUUUUAGGUUUUCUUUGAAAGAAAUUCCACAUGACUACAGCAUGAUUGCCAUUAGUUCUCUUUCCUAUGAAGAAA